UAAAGAGGACUAUAUAGACAAACAUGACCUGACGUGCACCACCAUUUGUAUUCAACACCAGCCACACAAAAUGGCAAGCAGGAAAGCGGCUCGGAAAGGUUCAACCAAACAUGCCCUGCGCAGCUCAUCCAAUGUCUUCUCCAUGUUUGAACAGUCUCAAAUUCAGGAGUUCAAAGAGGCAUUUGGCUGCAUCGAUCAGAAUCGUGAUGGGAUCAUCAGCAAACAGGACCUGAAAGAGACCUUCAUGCAACUGGGAAAGCUGAAUGUAAAGGAUGAAGAACUGGAGGAGAUGCUGAAAGAGGGGAAGGGGCCGAUGAACUUCACUGUGUUUCUCAGUCUUUUUGGGGAAAAACUGAACGGCACUGAUCCAGAGGAAACCAUUCUGAAUGCAUUCAAACUAUUCGAUACUCAAGGUACAGGGAACGUCAACAAGGACGUGUUUAAGAGUUUGCUGAUGUCACAAGCUGAUAAGUUCAGUGCAGAUGAGGUUCAGCAGAUGUUUGCUGUGACUCCCAUCGACGUCUCCGGAAACAUUGACUAUAAGUCCCUCUGUUACAUCAUCACACACGGAGAUGAAAAGGAAGAAGCAUAGGAUGCAAGUUGUUUGCAUUGUGCAGGGGAGCUGCAGUCAUCAAUGAAAAGAAAUAAAAUAAUAUAAAAACGCAAGAAAUAAAAGCAGCAGUUGACCGUUCA